AAAAAAAAAAGGGCUCCAGGUCAGGGAGAAUGUAUAAAUAUCCAUCGCCAUUGAGGUUCUGCUGUAUUUGAGAAGCUGAGGCAACUUCACGGACACAGUUCACAGGCUGAUUUGCUUCUCCGCUCUAAAAUACGGAUUGAAUUGGGGACAUUUACUAAAACCCUCCGACCGAUAACUUUGGAGAGACACUGUGAAGGAGGCAGUGAAGAGAAUCUCUCCAGGGCCGGCCCUGCACUCUCCCAGCAUGUGCACUGGCAGCUGUGCCAAGUGCCUGGGGGGCACGCUGAUCCCCCUCUCUGUUUUUGCCUGUCUGGCCAACAUCCUGUUAUUUUUCCCUGGAGGAAAAGUGAUAGAGGACAGCAUCCACCUGUCGGAAGAGGUCUGGUUUUUUGGAGGAGUAUUAGGAAGCGGGGUCUUGAUGCUCUUCCCUUCGCUGGUGUUCCUGGGCCUAAAGAACAAUGACUGCUGUGGGUGCUGUGGCAAUGAGAGCUGUGGAAAAAGAUUUGCAAUGUUCACCUCCACAAUAUUUGCUGUGAUUGGAUUCUUAGGUGCUGGGUACUCAUUUAUCAUCUCAGCUAUCUCCAUCAACAGAGGUCCUAAAUGUCACCUGGCCGAUACUACGUGGGGCUAUCCCUUCCAGAAUGGGGAUUACCUCAAUGACAAAUCCUUAUGGAACAAGUGCCAGAAGCCGGAGAAUGUGAUUCCCUGGAAUUUGACCCUCUUCUCCAUCCUGAUGGUCAUAGCAAUGAUCCAGAUGGUUCUCUGCGUCAUCCAGGUGGUCAACGGCCUCCUGGGGACUCUGUGUGGAGACUGCCAGUGUUGUGGCUGCUGUGGGGGAGAUGCACCAGUUUAAACCACUCCAAUGACCUUCUCUAACUCGAUGGCACAUGGAAGGAUACACUGAACUUAACCUUCUCUCCUUGGGGUUGUCAGUUUCUGUCUGUGUCCGAACUGUCAAAGCUCAGGGAGGGGCGCACAUAUUCCUUCUCCCUUCCAACCAGCUUAGCUCCACUUGAAGUUUGAUGUUAGUUGCAAACAAAAACAGGUUGUCCACUUCAGUUAGAUUUAUAAGUCUUUCAAAUUAGCUUCCUUUUAGAAUUGAAGAGCAAGAAAAAAGCUUGUUUUUCACAAUUUU